AGCCGUCACAUGACACACCCUCGCAGAGCCUCGCAGAGCUGGGAUGGAGUCAGUGGAGACCCAGUUCCUGGAACCACCCCCAACUUCCUUGAAUGGUUCAGCUGGGCAGAUGACUGGUCAGAGAAAAAUUCCCCGCCUCCCUGCGGGGUCUCUGGGUCUCCGGUGAGGGAAGGUCAGGUUAAGGUCUCCAGCCCAGGAUUGGGAGGAGGGAGGUAGGGAGAGACCUGGCAGUACCCACAGCAGGCCUUGGUUGCCACUGGGGUCCCAAGGCUGGGGUCCGGGGGGAGCCUGGACGUGGGGCCUGGCCUUCCAGGUCACUGAUGCACCUCCGGGAUCUGGGCCUCUGGGCUCCACUUAACCUCCCGUCUCUGCCCCAUCACACUGGGGCCACCAGAAAACCUGCCCUCCCCCCUCCCUGCCUUCAGGCUUCUGGAGGAGCUGACUUGCUUAGAGCCAGGGCUGGGGGCGGGGUCUCCUCUUGGUCCUGGCUAGGUGUGCGACCCUGGGCAAAUCUACCUCUCUGAGCCUCCAUUUCCUACUUUAUAAAAGCUUUUGUAAGGUUAAAAGAUACCAAGAAUCAGGUGUAGUGCUCAGUAGUCAAGAGGAUGCAGUUCUGCCCCAGGUGGUGCCCACAGGCCUUACCGCUAAGUUCUCAUCUCAGCUCCUGUCCCUGCCUCUCUUAGUGCCCUUUGCUUUGUCCACUCAGCGACGCCCUUAUUCUUCCUCCCCCAUGCCCUCCACCCUGUGUGCCAGCUUGCAGCAGCACGCGCCGCUGCUCUCAGUGCUGGGCUGUCCUGGCAGCCCUCCUACUGGCCUUCUCCCUGGGGAUGAGAGCCAGGUCCUGCCCAGUGGCACCCUGGAGCUGGCAGGACCCAGAACUCCUCUGGUACGGCCAUUGUGAACAGAAAGGGGGCAAAGUGAGGCCCAGAGAGGGGUAGAAGCUGACCCGUGGUCACAUAGCCCAUUUAUGGCUGCUUUGGGGCUAGAGCCAGACCUGGCUGCCACUCCCUGGAGCCCCUGGAUUCCCACCUCACCCCACCUGAGGUGUUGCGGUAGAGCUGGGGCCACCUCCCACAUCUGCUCCCCCCACCCUACUGGCCUGACGGGAAAGGAAGACACCUGGCAAAGGUUGGUGUCCAGGAUCCCACGUGUGGAAUUAACUUCUGUUGCCCCUGCUGGUGAGGUGGUGAUCAGGGGCCAGGCCUUCAGGGGCGGAUGCCCGAGGACGUGGCGGCACUGUCCCUGCUUGCUGAGGGGAUAGUCAGGGGAUGUGCCCUUGAGCCCAGGCAGUGGGGAAGGACACGAUGGCCUGGUACAGAGCCCAGAGGGGGCCUCGGUUCCUGCUCUUUCCUGCUCUGUUUACAGACAAGCCGCUGUCCUCCCUGGGUUAGGGGAAGGGGUGGGGCAGAGGGCAAGUGCCAAGGUGGCACGAGGCUGGGCACGUGCCUGGUCCCAGACGGUGUCUGAGGAGUGUGAGACACCUGGAGGUGUCACGCUGAGGACCCCCGCCCCCACAGGAGCACCUUGAGCUCUUCAGAAGCUGACCUCUGACCUGGGGGCAGCCAGAGUCCAGGUACCCCAAGCCCCGCCCUGGGCCCGGAAUCCCCCAGCAGUGAGUCUUGGCUCUGCUUGUAGCAUCUGACGCCAGAGGGCCUGAAAAUAGCCCCUGGAGGAGGGGGAGGAUGGGGCUAUUUAAAGGGCAUGGGAGGAACAGAGCCCAGAGGGAGUGAGCGGUCAUCAUGGCCACUUCAGAGCUGAGCUGCCAGGUGUCCGAGCAGAACUGUGAGCGCCGAGAGGCCUUCUGGGCUGAGUGGAAGGAUCUGACGCUGUCCACACGGCCUGAGGAGGGUUGCUCCCUGCAUGAGGAGGAUGCCCAGCGGCGGGAGACCUACCACCGGCAGGGGCGGUGCCAGGCGCUGGUGCAGCGUUCCCCCUGGCUGGUGAUGCGGAUGGGCAUCCUGGGCCGCGGGCUGCAGGAGUACCAGCUGCCCUACCAGCGGAUGCUGCCGCUGCCCAUCUUCACCCCUGCCAAGGUGGGCUCCACCAAGGAGGAGCACGAGGACACCCCCAUCCAGCUGCAGGAGCUGCUGGCACUGGAAGCAGCCCUGGGUGGCCAGUGUGUGGACCGCCAGGACAUGGCCGAGAUCACCAAGCAGCUGCCCCCUGUGGUGCCUGUCAGCAAGCCCGGCGCCCUGUGUCGCACCCUGUCUCGCUCCACGUCCCAGGAAGCACAGAGAGGCUGAGAGGGACGGUGACUUGGGCUCCACAGUGCCUGCCCUGGGCUGGGCCCUUCCUGGCUAGGACCACGGAGGGGAGCUGCUGGCCAUGGAAGCUUUGUAGUUUGCCCAGAAUUGGGGGCUAGGGGAGGUGGAAGCCAGAGGCCAGGAUGCCUGGGUCUCCUGAGUUCCCACAGGGAGGGAGCAAAGACGGUGGGCACUAAGGGUGGAGUGCUGGGGGCCAGCACAGCUGAGUACCCCAGGAGGAAAGGCAGAAAAUGCUGGUGAGGGUAAGAGGUCCCUGAGAGGAGUGACCCCAGUCCGGAAUCCAGCUUCAGAGAAGGAUGAAGAAAAAGCAUAAGGAAUGCUCAGGGAAGGAGGCCUGGAGAAGAGCGGAGGGAGGGGGACGUGAAGAGGGCCGAGGCAGGGUGGAGCUCCCAGCACCCUCUGUUAGCGCUGCAAUAAAUGCUCAAUCACAUGCCAGA